AUGACCGCAGCCGAGCUGGAUGUGGUGGGCAUCGGCAAUGCCAUUGUCGACGUGCUGACCCACGCCGAGGACAGCUUCCUGGAGGCCCACGGCCUCAACAAGGGCACCAUGACCCUGAUCGACACCGAGCAGGCCGAGGCGCUCUACGCCGCCAUGGGCCCCGGCGUCGAGGUCUCCGGCGGCUCCGCCGCCAACACCAUGGCGGGCCUCGCCUCCCUGGGCGGCGCCGGCGGCUUCAUCGGCAAGGUGCGCAACGACCAGCUCGGCGGCAUCUUCGCCCACGACAUCCGCGCCGGCGGCACCACCUUCCGCGCCGAGCCGGCCACCGACGGCCCGCCGACGGCGCGCUGCCUGAUCUUCGUCACCCCCGACGCGCAGCGCACCAUGGCGACCUUCCUGGGCGUCUCCGUGCAGUUCGGGCCCGCCGACCUGGACCUGGACCUGGUGCGCAAGGCCAAGGUCACCUACCUGGAGGGCUACCUCUGGGACGCCGAGCCGGCCAAGAAGGCCUUCCUGGAGGCCGCCAAGGCGGCCCACGACGCCGGCCGCAAGGUGGCGCUCAGCCUGUCCGACCCCUUCUGCGUCGAGCGUCACCGCGCCGCCUUCCGCCAGCUCAUCGAGGGGCAUGUCGACAUCCUCUUCGCCAACGAGGCGGAGAUCACCAGCCUGUUCGAGGUGGCGGACUUCGACGCCGCCCUGCAGCAGGCGCGCGGCCACUGCGAGAUCGCGGCCCUGACCCGCAGCGAGCACGGCUCGCUGGUGCUCUCCGGCGAGGAGGUGCAUCUGGUCGACCCGAUCACCAACGGCGCGGUGGUCGACACCACCGGCGCCGGCGACGCCUAUGCCGCCGGCUUCCUCUACGGCUACACCCGCGGCCACAGCCUGUAUCACUGCGGCCAGCUCGGCUCCCUUUGCGCGGGCGAGGUGAUUUCCCAUAUGGGGCCCCGGCCCGAGUGCUCGCUGAAGCAGCUCGCCCGCCGCGGCCACACUGCUGGUGGCCAGGCCAACGCGGGCUUGCGCAACCUGGCGAUCAUCGCCCACGUCGACCAUGGCAAGACCACCAUGGUCGAUCAGCUCCUGCGCCAGUCGGGCACCUUUCGCGAAGGCCAGCAGGUGGCCGAGCGGGCCAUGGAUUCCAACGAUCUGGAGCGCGAACGCGGGAUCACCAUCCUGGCCAAGUGCACCUCGGUGGCCUGGGGCGAGCUGCGGCUGAACAUCGUGGACACGCCCGGCCACGCCGACUUCGGCGGCGAGGUCGAGCGCGUCCUCCGCAUGGCCGACGGCUGCCUCCUCCUCGUCGACGCCGCCGAGGGCCCCAUGCCCCAGACCCGCUUCGUCCUCUCCAAGGCCAUCGAAGCCGGCCUCGAGCCCCUCGUCGUCAUCAACAAGUGCGACAAGCCCGACGCCCGCGUCGACGAGGUCCACCACGAAGUCUUCGACCUCCUCGUCGACCUCGGCGCUGACGAUCACGCCCUGGACUUCCCCGUCGUCUACGCCGCCGCCCGCGACGGCUGGGCCACGACCGACCUCAGCAACAGGACCACCGACCUCCGCGCCGUCUUCGAGGCCAUCGUCGAGCACGUCCCCGCCGCACCGGGUGACCCGAACGCCCCCCUCCAGAUGCUCGUCACCACACUCGACUACUCCGACUACGUCGGACGCAUCGGCAUCGGACGCGUCUUCGAGGGCACCAUCAAAGUCGGCCAGCCCGUCACCGUCAUCGAGCGCGACGGCUCAUCCCGCACCGCGAAGAUCGGCACCCUCAAAGGCUUCGCCGGCCUCUCCCGCGUCGACGCCAAAGAAGUCCGCGCCGGCGACAUCUGCGCCAUCACCGGCGUCGAGGACAUCGACAUCGGCCAGACCAUCGCCUCCAUCGACGCACCCAAGGCCCUGCCCACCGUCGCCAUCGACGAGCCCACCCUCACCAUGGUCUUCCGCAUCAACGACUCACCCUUCGCCGGCCAGGUCGGCAAGUACGUCACCUCCCGCCAGCUCCGCGACCGCCUCGAAAAAGAAGCCGAGACCGACGUCGCCCUCCGCUUCGACAUCGGCGACUCCGGCGAAGAGUUCGUCGUCUCCGGUCGCGGCCUCCUCCACCUGGGCAUCCUCAUCGAGAACAUGCGCCGCGAGGGCUACGAGCUCGCCGUCGGCAAGCCCCACGUCGUCCUUAAGGAGAUCGACGGCAAGGUCCACGAGCCCAUCGAACGCCUCGCCAUCGAAACACCCGACGACGCCAUGGGCGCCGUCAUGGAGAUGAUCGGCUCCCGCAAGGGCGAGAUCAUCUCCGUCGAACCCCGCACCGGCGGACGCACACUCAUCCGCUCCAACAUCCCCGCCCGCGGCCUCAUCGGCCUCCGCGGACGCGUCCUCACCGCAAGCGCGGGCGAGGCCGUCAUGUCACACUCCUUCGACAGCUUCCAGCCCAUGACCGGCGACGUCCCGGGCCGACCCCAGGGCGUCCUCAUCUCCAUCGACACCGGCGCCGUCACCGCCUACUCCAUCGACGCCCUCAACGACCGAGGCGUCCUCUUCGUCAAGCCCAACGAAAAGGUCUACGCCGGCCAGAUCAUCGGCGAGCACAACCGCGACAACGACCUCACCGUCAACAUCACCCGCGCCAAGCAGAUGACCAACUUCCGCGAGGCCAACAAAGAAGCCUUCACCAAGCUCAAGCCCGCCCGAGACAUGCCCCUCGAGCGCUGCCUCGAGUACGUCGAGGAAGAUGAGCUCGUCGAGAUCACCCCCGAAGCCGUCCGCCUCCGCAAACGACUCCUCAACGAGUCCGACCGCAAACGCACCGCCCGCCAAGCCAAGCAACUCGCGCAGUAG